AUGGAAAUCGACCUCCCAACCCCACCGGCCUCAUCCAUCGCCGCGAGCCCUCUCCCACAACCACGUCGCCGCCCCCUUACCCGCGGAAGCCCAAAAGAAUCGCAAUUGAUCUCAUAUCUCGACAAAAGCUUAAACGAUAUCAGAAAGAAGAUCGACAACAGAGGUGUAGAAACGGGCUAUAUCUCCUUUUCACAGAUCGCAAGGGAUAUCGAGGGCAUUGUGGAUGUAGUCUGGGUCAGCGGGUCACCGACGCUCCAAACACCCUACCUCUUAACCAUCUCCACGCUCACCAUCGACGCCCUCCCGCUUUUCCCACCAUCAUCUACCCACGCGUUCGCCCUCCUCGACAAACUCGAUGCAGCGUUCAGCUCGCUGCUCGCGGGCCGCGAUAUCGAUUCCGGCGCUGCGCUGCCUGGGUUCGACGACGGACGUCGCGGCCUCUCGACGACUGAUAAAGUCCGUAUUAAAGGCGUUGUCGAACGCAUGAGAGUCGUUGUGUUUAAGGUCGUUGCGGAAGAAGAUGACGGUGAUGCCGAUAAGGAUGUGGGGGGUAGUGCCGCGGACGGUGAAGAGAAUGGUGGAGAGCGGGGGAGACAGGAUGGAGAUGGAGAUGGGACUGUGUCGUUUGAAGGGUUCGAGAACAAUGAUGAUGAUGGUGCUGAUGUUGAUGGUGCGGCGCGGGAGGGAGAGGGAGAUCAUGAGGAAGAAGAGGAAGAUGUAGAGACUUUGGCUGCUAGGGUGUUUGAGAAGACGCUUGCGGAGUUGGGCGAUGUGCUUGGUGGGGAACCGAUUGGUAUUAUCACGGAGGAAUGAACGAUGAUGCAUU